ACAGUAAUUGCGCAAUUACUUGCAUCGUGUAAAGUGGCUAUUAGAGUAGGUAAAUUUCAGCCAGAAAAAAUAAGACCUAUAAAGGUUAUCUUGCCGUCAACCGAAAAUGUUAAAAUGGUUUUAAGGAAUAAGGAGCUUAUCAAAAGAUAUUUUCUGAUCAGACAAAUGCCCAACGAAUGAUUCCCAGAGCAAUUAAUUUAAUUUUCAACACGAUUCAAGAUAUGGACAUUUCUAAAUGCCAUUAUGUCGUUACAGCCAGCUUUUUAGAGAUAUACAAUGAAAAUGUAAAGGACUUGUUGAAUUCUGAUAAAAACCAGAAGUUAGAAAUUAUGUACAAUAAAGGAAGAGGGACAUCAGUUCCAAAUUUAACACUAAAGGAAAUUAGCUCGUUUGAAGAUUUUGGAAAAUACCAGAAGAGGGCUCAACGAAAUAGAACGGUAGCGGUCACAGACGUUAACCAGCAUAGCUCACGUUCGCACGCUGUUACGAAAAUCACUAUCCAUGGGACGAAAAUCACUUCUUCUUCAAACGAAGAAACUGUGAAUGAAACUUGGACCGGUUCAGUCAACCUGGUAGACUUAGCCGGUUCGGAAGCAAUGAAGUCAGGUAGUAAAGCUCGCGCAACCGAAACAAAACACAAAUCAGAGUUUGUCAACCUUGAAAAAUGUGAUUGCCUUACGCACUAAGGAUAAACAUAUUCCGUAUAGGAACUCAAAACUGACAUACUUAUUACAACCCUCUUUGGGAGGAAAUUCCUCCAGAACUCUUAUGAUUGUUAAUCUGUCUCCUUUCGAGGAGACAUACAAUGAAAAUAUAAAUACAUUAAGAUUUGCUAGUACUGUCAAAGAGGUAAAGACAAAGAUAGUUUAGGAACAAUAAAUACCUAUGUAAGUUUAGUAAGUUAAGUAAAUAUAGAUAAGCAAAAUUAUUGGCUAAAACUCGUAAAGUGAAUGUAAAUAUAAAAGGAAAUAUAUAAAAUGAUGAAGGAUCAUGAAAGUCAUCAAGAAGUUAUGAUCAUAUAGUUCCUUUUAGAUUCACAUUCACUUUACGAGUUUUAGCCAAUAAUUUUGCUUAUGUAUAUUUCUACUCGAUUAUAUUCAACAUCCUUUUAUACAGUGCGGUGGAAUAAGUGUUAACCCCCCCCCUGUUGAAUUGCUUAUUUUAAGAAUAUAAGCAAA